AUGGGAUCGUCCGACAUACCACCAGCUUCGGCGCCGCAGUGGCUCAUCCCCGUGUCGACGCUCUGCCUCAGCGCGGGUGUCGGCUUUUGGAUCCUGUGCUACGUGCUCAUGGCGCGGCGCGCGCUGCAGACGCGCGCGACGCCGAUGCCGCUGCUCGCGCUGGGGCUCAACCUCUCGUGGGAGGUGGUGUUUGCGUUUUACGUGACCGAGAUGCCGAUUGAGCUGGCCGGCUUCGUGCUGUGGCUGCUCUUCGACCUGCCCGUGCUCUACGCCACCGUCACGCAGGCCCGGCACUCGUUCGCCGCCUCGCCGCUGAUUGCCCGCCACGUCUCGCUGCUGCUCGGCAUCAUGUUCACGGCCGGGCUGGCCGCCAACUACCUGUUUGCGCGGUGGUGGCUGGCCGAGCCGCACAGGGGCCACGGCAGCAAGGACGGCAAGCCGUGGUUCGGCCUCGAGGCCAGGGACACGACGGAGCUGGCGUGGUGGUCGGCUGGCGUGGCGCAGAUGGUCCUGAGCGUGUCGUGCGUGUCGAUGCUGCUGAGCCGAGGACAUUCUGGCGGCCAGAGUUACGGAAUUUGGCUCUGCCGCUUCGCAGGCACGCUCAUGGGGCUGCCGGUGACUUGCGGUCUACUGUGGUGGUACUGGCCCGAGCCUCACGGCUUCAUUUUUCAUCCGUUGUCCUACAUCAUCAUGGUACCCACGUUUGCUUGCGACAUUGCGUACCCGUUCCUCCUGGCCCAUGUCCGAAAGACGGAAAAAGUGCUGCCGAAUGGCAUGGUGGUUGCCAGCUGUGGCGACGCGGCAGGGAGCAAAAAGAGUCAGUAA